AUGGAUCGAUUGACGCUGGGCAAGCUGGCACGCCGCGUCGCGUUUGCUCUCAUCGCCAGCCUCCAGCUAGCCCACUUCUGCCUGGUCAUGAGCUACACAUGGACGUCGCCUCGAAAGCGGCACCCGAAGACGACGACUGUGGCGACGUUCGGCCAACUGGCUUUCAUUGUGGAUUCCUGCUUCCGUAUCACGGAACGCAACAUGGACGUCCAAUUCGGCAGGCGGCUGAUACAGGGUCUUGGCAUAGAUGCCUUGUUCUGGGGUUUUGUGGUCUGGAGCGCAGGGCUCGUGGGGAUGGAUGUUGCGUUCACUCCGAGUGGCUUGCUGAAUCUGACGCAGCUGUUGGCAUUUGACAUACUCAUGUGGACGGGACUACUGUCUUCGUACGUGGCGUUGGUCGCGAGGAGUGAUGGAGCGAAUUCGGCUGUGGACGAGAAGGGCAACGAGUUGAUUGUGAAUGAGAAGAGAGACGAAGAGGUGAACGCGAAGGAAGAGGUGUGA